AUGGCUUCAGAAACUUUCCAUGGAUCAUGCCUCUGCACAUCGAUUACUUUUGAUCUUACCGGGCUGCCGGAGAAGGUGUUUGCUUGCUACUGCAAGGACUGCUCGAAGAAUGCAGGAGGCGCAUAUCAGAUUUGCGCAAAGUAUGACCGGUCCCAGGUCACCAUCCGGGACCCGGAUAACAAGCAAGCGACAUGGAUUAUCACGAAGACUCUAAGCGGACACGACAAGCACAAAAUCUUCUGUUCACAGUGCGGAUGUACCAUGUGGACCAUCCCUAUGAAUCACGGCGGCGAGAAGAUGAUUGUAAGAACCUCGCUGGUUGACGAAGGGUGA